AUGCCAUCCAUCCAACACCCCACCUUCCUCCCUUCUUUCCCUCCCUUCUUCUGGCCCCACCCACUGUCCAAUGCAGACACGUCAGCAGCAGUGCUGACAUCAGCAGGGUCGCAGUACUCCCUGCAGCACUCCCGCCUCUCCACGGCUCACCAGCUGCUGGUGCUGCUGCAGCGAGGGGACGUAACGGACAGGUUUGGGCUGGGUGGGUGGAUGGGUUUGGGUUGGUGGGUGUAUGGGUUUGGGUGGGUCCCUCUUGCGUGUCCCGUCACUUUCAUGCCUCUUCCAUGUCCCUCUUGCCUCGUGUCCCUCUUGCCUCGUGUCCCUCUUGCCUCGUGUCCCUCUUGCCUCGUGUCCCUCUUGCCUCGUGUCCCUCUUGCCUUCUCUCGCCUCCACCCUCUCGCCUGUGUUGGCUCACCUCUACUGUGGUGGCUCACCUCUACUGUGGUGGCUCACCUCUACUGUGGUGGCUCACCUCUACUGUGGCUCAUCAUCAUCCUCGGCUCUCUCUUCUUCUUCCUCGUCUGCUCCUUCAUCGUUGUCUCUCGCGUGCCUCUCCUGAACUCUAUCCUCCUCUCCUCCACCUCCCUCCUCCUCUCCACCACACACUCCGUCCUCUCCCCCAUACUCUCCCUCUUCUCAUCCCUCCUCACCGCUCUCGCGUCCUCCACCCUCCCCACCCUCGCCUCUCUCUCCUCUUCCUCUCUCACCCUCGCAUCGUCCUCUCUCUCCUCCCUCCACCACACACUCCAACCCCUCCUCUCGCCUCCCGUGCCUCCUCUCCCUCCUUCCGCACCUUCUCCCAUGCCCUCACCCUUUCCCCCUUCCUCCCCCUCCCCACCCAUCACGACCACCACUAUUCGCUCCUCCUCGUCCCCCUCAUCUUUCCCAUCUCCUUCUCCCUCAUCCGCCUCCUCUGUCCCUCCUUCAAACCCAUCUCAACCGCACACGCCUUCUGAGGCGCCUCACGCACCAAGCGGGCCACAGCAACAACAACAGCCGGAUGAAGAAAUGGUUGCGUUGCCAACAGACUCGGUGUCACCCGGAAUGGAGGAUGGAAGCGGGCUUCGAGCAAGGGUAGGGGGGCACGCAGAGGGUGAUGCAGAAGGGGAUAGGCGUGGAGCAGGGGAGGGAGGGGGGGGUGGACAGGUUCAAGUAGAGGCAGGGCAAGCAGAGACAGGUGAAGCAGAGACAGUGCAUGCAGCAAGAGGAGCAGCGAGCGAAGGGAUGAGAGAAGGGGCAGGGGGAGAAGGAUCGGCAGCGAGAAGGGUGCGGCGAGGGACAGCAGGGAAAGAGCCGAUGGGGAAAGGGAAGAUGGGUGGUAAGCAGAGGGCGGCUGCACGAGGGAAGGUGAGGGGUGGGGAAAGAGGAAAGCAAAGAGGGGGAGCAGGAGGAGCGGGGAGUGGAGGAGAACGAGGAGGUAAUGAGUCAAAAGUGGGAGUAGUAGCAGGAGCAGGAGCAAGGGAAGAGCGAGGAGCCAGAGGAAGUGGAGAGAUGGACGCAGGAGGUAACACAAGAGUAGGAGGAGGAGAGGAUGGAUUGGCAGGUGCAGGUGAAUCUAGUGAGGGCAGUGCAUCCGUCACAGCCGGUGGUGAAUCAGCCAUUGGUCGCCAAGUCCCCAUGCCUGAAGCACCUCCUCUUGCUCAUCCGCCUCCCCCUGCCACCCACCGUGCUGCCUACUACGGGUCUCCUGAUGUUGGAGAUUCACCUGCUGGGGAUUCACCUGCUGGGGAUUCACCUGCUGGGGAUUCACCUGCUGGGGAUUCACCUGCUGGGGAUUCACCUGCUGGGGAUUCACCUGCUGGGGAUUCACCUGCUGGGGAUUCACCUGCUGAGGAUUCACCUGCUGGGGAUUCUCCUGCUGCUGCGCCUGUGAGUGGUGGAGGAAGGGAGGAGACUGCAGAGGGUGGGGGAAGGGAGAGGGCGAAUGGGGGAUUGGAUGGAGAGGGUGGGAGUGAGGAGGAGGGCAGAGAGGGAGUGGGCAGAGAGGAGGGCGAGCAGGGCACAUGUGGGUCGGGUGGUAGCAGGCUCAGGCGGGUGGUCGGAUGGUAG